AUGUAUCAAUGUGACAUUUGUCAGAUGCAGUUCAGUCAAAAGGCUAACAUGCACCGUCAUCGUAUGAGACACAGCGGAGUUAAACCUUACGAAUGUCGCUACUGCAAAAAGCGUUUCUUUCGGAAAGACCAAAUGCAAGAACAUUCGAUGACACAUAUUAAAACCGGCAUUGCUUUUGACUGUCCAGUCGCCUUCUGUAGCCGUCAAUUCAGCCAAUCUCAUCUAGAUGAGGCUCACAACGUCUGUGCCUCAUCUCCAGCAUCUUGUAAGCGAUGUUCUUUACUGUUCGCAAAUUCUCGUCGUCUCCUUCUUCAUUAUCAAACACGACAUGAUGACACCGAAGUAAGCGCAAAAAAGUCUUCGAAAAAUGUAGACGAAUUGCCGUUGAAAAGGAAACGACCGUUGCCGAGUGCCGUAUCUCCGCCUUAUACUCAUCUAGUGUGCAAGAAAGAAUUUAGUCCUCAUCAAACCGAUUCUUCAGAAAAAUCUUCAAGCCCAGAUUUGGACCAGGAGUGCACACACUGUGGCAUAUCGUUUUUUGAUGAAACAAUGCAUCUGUUGCAUAAAGGACUACACAGCGAAUGUGAUCCGUGGAGAUGCAAUUUGUGUGGAACUCAAUGCAUGGAGAAAUACAUGUUCACCACUCAUGUCAUAUUCGCCGGCCAUUCCACUUAA